AACAGCAGUAGCAAUAGCAGUCAAAAUAGCAACAACUGCAACAUCAACAGCAGCAGCAGCAACAGGAAUAGCAGCAACCUGCUGCUACAACAGCAGCAACAUCAACCGCAGCAACAGUAACAGCAGGAACAACAACAUCAACCACAGCAGAAUCAGCAACAACAAGAACAACAGCAACAGCAGCAAUAGCAGCAGCAAUAACAGUCCAAAUAACAACAACUGCAACAUCAACAGCAGCAGCAGCAACGAGAGGAACAACAGCAGCAUCAGUAACAACACCUGCUACCACAACAGCAGCAACAUCAACCGCAGCAACAUCAACAGCAGCAACAGCAACAUCAACCACAGCAGAAUCAGCAACAACAACAAGAACAACAGCAACAGCAGCAAUAGCAGCAGCAAUAACAUUCAAAAUAACAACAACUGCAACAUCAACAGCAGCAGCAGCAGCAGCAAAAGGAAUAGCAGCAACGGGAGGAACAACAGCAGCAUCAGCACCAACACCUGCAGCUACUACAGCAGCAACAGCAACAGCAGCAACAUCAACCGCAGCAACAUCAACAGCAGCAGCAGCAACAACAGCAACAACAGCAGCAACAACAACAGCAGCAGCAACAAGCACAACAGCAGCAACCGCAACAUGGCAGCUGCGCAUAUAGCAGCAGUGGGCGUGGCCAACGUGUUGCCGCCUUGCGGUUAAUAUGGCUGCUGUUGCUACUGCUGCCACACAGCAGUUACAGUUUGGCGUUGAGGGCGACACGCCCACACUGAUUGUCGCUGCCAAGCAGCAGCAACAUGAGCAACAGCAGAAACAUGAGCACCAGCAGCAACAAGCAGCAGCAACAACAUGAGCAGCAACAAAGGCAGCAGCAACAGCAUGAACUGAAGCAACAGCAGCAGCAACACGAGCGGCAGCAGCAACAUGAGCAGCAGCAACAACUUGAGCAGCAGCAGCAGCAGCAGCAACAACAACAUGAGCAGCAGCAGCCAGAUGAGCAGCAGCAGCAGCAACAACAACAAUACGAGCAGCAGCAGCAACAACAUGAGGAGCAUCACAAUAAAGUCAUCACAACAACAGCAGCAGCAAGCACAGCAGAAACAAUUGCUGCUGUCAAUGAAAGCAACAUGCCAAGCACCAAUGUAUUUAAAGUGCCCGGAACAACAACAGCAGCAACAUCUACAACAACAGCAGCAUCAACCACAACUGCUGGCAGCAACACUUUGAACAUGAGCCAACUGCAACAGUCAGUGGAGUCGGUGGUGCAGCUGCUGGACCUGGAAAUGACAGCCGCACCACCAACUGGCAAUGGCCACGAUGGACGCAAGCUGACCAAAAAGAAGCAGCUACAGCAGCAACACUUUGUGCCAGCGGCAACAACCACCAAGGAAACAGCAAUGGAAACGGAAGCCACCACCACCAGCAGCACCACCAGCUCCACUAGCACCAGCAGCACCAGUAGCAGCAGUGGCGGCGGCCUGGAAAGCAGUCAAGCGGCCGCGCUGUUGCCCGUGCCCAAUGGCUAUUUGGGACCCAUUUUUAUGGGCGAGAAAACUUUUAGUGUGGUGCAUCCGCUUAAGAAACCACAGGCAACCACAGGCACCAACCACCAGCAGGAACAGCAGCAGCAGCAGCACGAGGACUCCAUUGAGCUGCAGUUGCGCCAGGGACGCAUCGUGGAGAUAUUAGCGCCAACUGCUUUACUCGAAUCAAAUGUGGAAAGCAGCUCUACGCGUCCGGGCCCCAGCACCACGACAACCACAACCAUGCUGCCGGCAGCUGUACCGCAAACACAGUCGGUGCUGUCGACAACUGUUUUCCAGGUGCCGGAGCUGCAGCAGAGCAGCACCACACGUUUACCUAUGCCGGCGGCCGAGAUCAGCGUCGCGCCGGCCCCGCCGCGCACCGAAUCCAAGAUAUCCGACAUACAAAUCGAAGUAUACGACUCGACGGUGGACUCCAUAGUGGCAUCCACGAAUUUCCGGGACAAUCGUGGCUACUAUCCGCUGCCGCUGGAACAGACGCUGGGCACCGCCAGGCCGCCCAGCUCGCCGGUUGCCCAGGAGCGCUUCACCCAAUACGUAAUCGAUCGCGCCGAUGUCUCCACACAGCCCGCAGCGGGCGCUGUUAUGGGCGUCGGCAUGGACAAACCGGAGCCGGCUGCCAUCGAGAUACACAUCAAUGUGUCGGAGGCGUUUGGCAAUGAGAGCGAGGAUCUGGAGUUCUCCUACCGCCAGCCGGCGGCCAGCGAGACAAAGGCCAACAAGCCCAACGACGAGAUACUCGUCGUUGAGAUCAUUGACAACAGCGCCGGGGAUAACAGCACCGAGAACACAUUUAGUGACGGCAUGGAGCACAUGAAUCUGAAUCCCAUGUUCGGCUAUCCGUAUCGCUCUGAUGCGCCGCCGUCGCCGGCCGUACGUCCGCCCCACGAUUCCGCCGAUGAGCUAUUCAUGGCGGAUACGAAGAGCGUUGAGGGCUUGCCACGGCCACCGCCGCCGCCGCCACCGCCGCCGCCGCGCAAGCCGAACAUCGAUCGCGACUCGGACACCAUAUUCUACAUAUCCAACACGGAGGUCAAAGUGGGCGAAUCCCUGCCCACCGUCAGCAGCGCCGUCAACGAGCAGCAGCAGCGCAAGCUCCAGUUCGAGAAUCAGUUCUUUCCCGCCAGCUACGUGCUGGACCAGCAGCAGCAGCAGCAGCUGCAGCGCAGCUCAGCCGCCACGCCCCGUUAUGAGGAGGACAUUCUACUCUCGCCGCAGCAGCACACCGCCGACGCCCUAAAGAUUCUGCGCAGUCCCAGCAGCAGCAGCAGCGGUGGCGGGGGAGGAGAUGGCGCUCCUCCGCUGGAUGUGACCUAUGUGGGUGAAUCGGUUAUUGAGGUGGAACAGCAGUCGCUGGCCUCCACAAUGGCGAGCCAUGGCAGCUCCCAGCAGCCGGACAUUGUCAUACAGCCGGCGGUUCUGCCCGAUUUGGCCAUUGGAGUGCCCGUCAUUGGCGAGCUGCCGCCGCAGAUUGAGCUCAAGGAGAUCGACUAUAUGCCCGGCGAGCUGGUUGGCGCGGGGCGCAACAUCUAUGAGAACGACAUUGAGAGCAACGGCCUGGGUCUGGGCAACGAUCCGGAUGUCAUCGAGAGCUCCAUUCAGUAUGGUGGCGAUCUGAUUGACGAUGGCGCCGGCGGCGGCUUUGAUGGCGUCGAGGGUUCCUAUCCUUUCGAGAGUCCGGCCCAUCGGCUGCAGCAGCAGGAUGCACAGGGCUCUCGACGCCACCCGUUUGGUCACGGCUUCAGUCACCUGCAUCGCGAGCAGCUGCCCGCCGCAGAGCUACUGAAUGCCACGCUCCAGCAGCACAACGAGAGCCUCAGGGGCUAUGCCGAUUCGAGUGGUGCAUCCGCCAUGGCGCCCCUGCAGCACGGGGAGCGCAUGGGCAAUGCCACCGCCCUUUCGGAGGAUCCGCUCGCCGACUAUGAUGGUUUUCUCAAUCUCUUCGCCGUUUCCAUGGGCCUCAUCAUUGUCAUUCUGCCCGCUGCGCUCCUCACGUCCAUGUACUGCGCCGUACGUUAUUUACUGAAUAAGAAUGCGACUUCGAGUGCCGCUGGCGAUGACAGCGAACAGGGCCAGGAUUCCAAGAAUGAGUCGUCGUCCUGCUCGGUCGCAUCCUUCUCGUCGCCAAUAUCGCAGCUAAGCAUUCAACACGUGAGUCUGAAUCCGAAUCCGUAUUCGAAUCCGGAACCGAAUCCGAAUCCGGACUCGAGUCGAAAUCCAGAUCUGAUUCGGUCCAUGUCUUUGGCCCUGGCCAGCGGCGUGCAGCGCAUCGAGUUUCAAUUUGAGGCGCGCCCAGAUAUACAGACGCCCACAUCGACGGGCGCUGCCACGCCCACAUUGGCGAGCGCUGCGUUCGCGUUCAGUGGCUCCGUCACAAAGAUGACGCUCAAAGAUAAUCAUCUGAUUGUUGUCACCGAAGAGCGCCAUGACAUAUCGCGCAACGCACGCGAGACCAAGAUGCACACGGACAAGGACGGCGUCUUCGUGGUGGAGGUGGCGCGCGGCAUCGAUUCCAAGCAGCCGCCGGAUAGCCCCGCCGCCGGCGCCGGCCCAGGCGCUGACAUUACCGAGCUGCCCUUCGAUACGAACACCAAGCAGACGGCGGCGCUGGUCGAACGGAGCCUGCCGCCCAGUCAUGAGCAGGUGCAGAUUCAUGCGCCACCCAGCGAUUUUGCAAAUCCCUCGUUGCCAGUCGCAGUCGGAGCUGGAGUCGGUACUGUUGGCCUGCAGCUCAUUGAGGAAGAGCAGCUGCUGCCCGAGGAGGAACCAGCCGGGGACGAGGAGCCGCAGCCGAUGCCAUCGCUUACCGGACUGUCCCAGUCGGAUCUUAGCUCCAGCUCGUCCAGUGACUCGAACAAGCGCUACUCCUAUGGCAACCAGGAACUCUAUGUCAUCGAGCAGCCCGGCUAUGCCCAGGACUCGCCACAUUUGCUCAGCGCCCAGCUAAUCGCCGGCCAGGAAACCACCGAUAAUGACCAGGAGCCGCAGUCACAGCUGGAAGAGCCACCGGUACCGGCACCCGCCGCCUUCGGCAAUGCCCCAGAACUGUCGGAGGCACUAGAAGAGGCAGAGGCCGGGCAGGAGUCGAUGCCAGCUGAGACACCUCAGGAGCAGACCAGGGAGGAGCCGGAAAAUGGCUAUGACAGCUUGAUGAGCCUGCCGGCGCCGCCCUCCACCGAGGAGAUUAAAGAGCUCAACGAUUUUACGCUAAACGAAUCGAACCAAUUGGAUUCAUUACCGCCGCCACCACCGCCACCGCCGCCGCCGCCGCUAAACGAGGCGUCAAAUGGCGAGGAGCAGCAACAGGAGCAGCAGCAGGAGCAGGAGGAAGAGAGGGAGCAGGAGCAGAAGACAGAGCCAAUAUUAAAGCUAGCAAAUGGAAAAAUCAUUGCCACCAAUGCACCACCAACAACAACAACACCAGCAGCCGCAGCCAAUGGCGGGGGGCAGGAGCCGUCCACAUUGACGCCGCCCGCCUCGCCGCCCGCCACGCCCAGCGGCUCGCCGGUGGCCGGCGGCGGCUCCACGCUGUGCGCGGGCAGUCUCAGCAAUGGGCUGCAUGCGGUUGCACAGCCCAUGGCUGUCGAUGUGAAUGGCAGUUAAGAAGAAGAAGCAGCGAAGGAAGCUAAGCCAGAAGAAGAAGCGGCAGCAAAUGUCUAGAGGAAGAAACCGAAGAGCAACAGAUGGCAGCACGCGUUGAAGGUAAGCAAAAGAAGAAGCAGGCGAAGAGAAUAAAGAAAUAGAA